UGACCUUUCAUCAUCGUCUUCUCCCCACCUGGGGACGGAAUUUUACCGGUCCUUUCGUUACCAUUUCAAAUUCAAACGCCCUCUCCAACGGCCACACUUCAAUCCAAUGCUUCCCUUCCCUUCCCUUCUCGCAAUUUCCAUUUCAAGCGAACACCGAACAAUCAAUCCCGUCUGAGCUCCGAGCAUGGAUCCGAUGGAACCCCAAUCUUCCUCGUCUUCUUUGCUCCUCCGGGAUAUAUCGAACUUCAAAACCCCGAGGCGCCCUUGUCACUACAAGCCCGGCGCUGCCUCCCGGUCCAAUCUCCAGUCCCCGAGCCCCCGAUUCUUCUCCGCAUCCAAGCAAACUCCCCGCACCGCCUCCACCGCCCGACGCCCCUCUGCCACCGCCCGUCGCCUCAAGGCCUUCGAGAUCGAGCAGUCCCGGUCCUCCCGCAAGGCGCAGUUGCAGAAGCAGCAUUCCCUCAGGACGCUCUCCAAGUCCCUCACUGCUUGGCUUAAUUUCCUGUUCGAUAACCCGAGAUCGUGCGGAUGCGGUUCCGACUCUUCACUGAUGGGACAGGGGAGUAGGGGCAUGGGCCCUUCGGGGAAGGGAAAGAGGGACAGCGGCCCCGAGCAAGCGGUUGGGCUCGAGGCCACGUGGCGGAGCCCGAAGCGGCAGAGGGACCUGCGGUGGAAGAUCCCCGAGGAGGGCGACGGUGGAAGUGGGCCUAUCGCGUUCUCGAGCUCGGCAUUUGCGAAGCUGAGGGAUUCUCUGACGGAGGUGUGCAGCUUCGACGACUUGGUAGAGCGAAUGAGCGUCUAUUUGAGUUUGGAUUGUUGCAAGGAAAUCUUCACUGUGAUGACCCAAGUCACCAAGAAUAUCGAUGAUGGAAGGUUGAAAAUGAAGGCGCACUGCCCCAUAGUAACAGAUUUCGGCAUGAAGGAGAAGGCCACGAAGACCCUCUUUUCCUACAACCAUUUAUGGCUUAGAAUAGGAUUGUACAUUCUCCUUGGCGGUGAUUCCUUGUUGCCUAAUGGAGAAAUAGAAUCUGAUCAAGACAUAGCGUUCUUGAAAAUGGUCGUGGAAAAGCAGUUUCUUUCCCAUGCUGGGUUAGCGAAAUCCUAUGCUUACAACAAGAAGGUCGAAGGCCUGUACAGGCCUGGGUAUUACGAGUGCCUAGGGAAUGUCAUACUGAAGAGGUUUUUGCUCCUCGUUCUCAUUCUCGAUAGAGCAAAAUCCUGGAGCAGUCUUCCUCUCAAGUAUGGUAUCGAUGGGCUGGAUGGAGGCUCGCCCUUGUUGUUUACUAUUGGAACCAGCGUUAAGUCGAGUUCUCAAAUGGUUACUGAUUUCUUAUCAUCCGAUGUGAUGCAUGGAGAAGGUAAUCUUAUUGCCCAUCUAGUGAUUGUAGGUUACAAAGUGUCUCAUCACCAGUGUCCCCUCGUUGAAUAUGAGUUCAAACUAGUGGACAUAUUAGAAGAUCUCCAAGAUGGAGUUCGACUUUGUAGAGCUGUUCAACUUUUAAAGCAGGACUCAUCAAUUUUAAUGAAGUUGACCGUUCCAUCAGACACACAUAAGAAGAACUUAGCGAACUGCAGCAUUGCCUUGCGAUAUCUCAAGGAAGCUGGUGUGCCACUCUAUGAUGAUGAUAGAAUGGAGAUUGUGGCAGAUGACAUUGCCAAUGGGGACAAGGAGCUCACCCUUUCUUUGCUUUGGAACAUGUUUGUGCACUUGCAGCUUCCACUACUGGUCAACAGCGAAGUUCUAGCUGAUGAAGUUAUUCGUAUAAGUGGACUUACGGUUCAUAAGUCACUUGGUACCAGCUCCACUUCUUUGGACAUCCUUUUGCACUGGAUACAGGCUAUAUGUGAUAAUUACGAGCUGAAGAUUGAAAACCUUUACUCAUUGACUGAUGGAAAAGCAAUAUGGUGCUUACUGGACCAUUACUUUCGCAAGGAACUUUCUUGUUCUUCUGCUCAAAAGGGAAUAAAGGGCGAAGAGUCGAUUGUUUCUGCUAGUGAUUAUCCCGAUGCUGUGCACAGUUUUGUACUAUCUCAGAGGCUGACGGCAUUACUGGGAGAAUUCCCAGAGGUACUGGAGAUCGGGGACAUAAUAGAGCAUCAUGGUGCAUGUAAUGGUCGCAGUGUAGUAUUACUGUUGGUGUUCCUUGCAUCUCAGCUGAUUAUGAAGAAAAACAUGGACCAGUUGAAUUUUCAUAAGCUCUUAGGUUGCACUUGUCAGAGUAUGGGAAGAAGACUUUCAAGUCAUGAGCGCCUAAAUUCAACUUCUAAAGAAGCCUUUAACUUAGAAGAUAGAGAUCAAAUGGGAAAUCAAGAGGCUGCGAGGAAGUUCAGGGAAAUCCAGGCUUGGUGGCAGAUGAUGGCUGAUAGAAAUAGCAUUUCAAAACCAAAGAGUUCUACCGUUGAUACCUCCUCACCAAGCACUUGCAGCAAUAAUGAUCAAACUGAACUUGCUGCACGGGUUAUACAGUCCCACUACAGAGGAUUUCGUGAGCGCCGCAAGUUUUUGAAGAUGAGAGCAGCAGCUUCUGUUCUGCAAAACGCUAUCCAGGUUUCGUCACUCGUGAGGCAGAAAACCAUUGAGAAAAGUUCUCUUCAGAACAGUGCUGCCAUCAAAAUCCAACUUGCUUGGAAGAAUUUUGUCUUCCAAAAGUCUCUCAAGAUUCAGCAUUUUGCCGCCAUAAACGUACAACGGCAGUUCCGUGGAUGGUUGAUUAGGAAGACUUAUUUGAUUAAGAGGAAAGCAGCAAUUAAAAUCCAAACGAAUUUCCGAAGUCUUAAAUCUCGUCAAUUGUUUCAUGAAGCCAGGGUGGCAACAAGAUCAGCAAUCUUAGUCCAGUCUUACGUACGGAGAUGGAUCAUUAGAAGGCGGUUUCUUAUGAUUCGGUAUCUCGUUAUACGAAUUCAGAGCCAUUGUCGUGGUUGGUUGAGAAGAAAGGACUUUCUGUUGCAAAGGGAGGCUGCAAUCACCCUCCAAAGUUCGAUAAGACGGAUUAUGCUCUCUACCCUAUUCCAGAACCAGAGACAUGCUGCCAGCACUAUUCAACAGUUUGCCAGGCUGCAGAUUUCUAAGAAUAGGCUAUCAGGGACUUCAUGUGCCACUCCUGAGAAGUGGAGCUGCUCCACAGAGACCCAGGAAUUGCAGAGGGUACUGCCUCAUGUUGUAAAACUUCAGCGAUGGUGGAGAACUGUUUUGUCGCUUCGACUACGAACAACAUCAGCAGUUAUUAUUCAAUCAUAUGCUCGUAUGUGGUUGGCUAGGAGGGAAGCUGCUCGAGAGAGGCAACGAGUGAUAGUCAUCCAGUCAUACUGGAAAGGCUAUCUUGCACGAAAGGAGGCACGAGGAGGGAUUGUAGAUUUGCGCCUAAGAGUGCAGAAGACUGCUGCAAAUGUAGAUGACAGCAUGCGACUCAUAAAUCGACUUACAGCAGCACUCUCAGAACUGCUCAAUCUGAGAAGUGUCAGCAGCAUUCUUCACACUUGCGCCACCUUGGAUAUGGCAACUCGGCAUUCUCAGAAGUGUUGCGAGAAGCUGGUAGAAGUUGGGGCUAUUGACAAGUUACUGAAAGUUAUCUGCUCUAUGACUCGAAGCAUUCCUGAUCAAGAGGUUCUGAAACAUGCCCUGUCAACACUCAGAAACCUUGCCUGCUACCAACAUUUGGUUGAAGUGUUAAUCGUUAGCAAUGGAUCAAUAGAAACAAUAUUUCGUGAGUUUCUCAGGAACAAGGAUGAAGGCUAUUUUAUCGCUUCCGAGCUCUUGAAGAAGAUUUGUUUAGAGCAUAGAGGUGUGGAAGCUGUGCGAAGGUUACCGGCUCUAGUAAAGAGGCUGAACGGUUUGGUCGAAGAACUUAAACGGAAAGCUGAUACAGAGAAGAGGAAUGCACGGAGCCUCGCUGCGCGAGAGAACACUGAAAGAAGAUUGAAAGAGGCGAGCGAGCUUUUGAAACUGAUCAGCAUAUAGAUUAUACGGCUCGAGCUGUGUGAAACUGAAGGUAGUAUUCCAUCAUGUACAUUCUCAUGACAUAUGUACAUCAAGAAACUGUUGAUGUCUCUCUUGGAUAAUAACCCUACAAGUUGUAUAUCGAAAUGGCCUUUGUGUGCUGCAACUGCAAGGACUAAAGUCUACUGCUUUGUUAAUCUGUCCCGAAUUCUUAAUGAACUUUUCGCGAGAACUUGUUCUAGGACUUCAUA